AUGGCGCCGGCUGAUGCCAUUGCUUCUGUGGUUGGGGAUUGGAAAAAGGAUGAGUUUCUCAUGAAACAAGCAUCGACGGGGAUCAUGGCAACAUGUGGGCCUAAAGAGGAAGGGGUCACCCGCGAAGAUGUUUGUGCGAACUACAAGGUGCUGAUGCCAAUUGUCAAAUACCUUGGAUUGCGUCCGGGGCUGCAUGACCUGAUCGAAGCGGUGGCCAUGUUUUUGACUCACGCGCGUCCCAGGGGGAAGCCUCUACCCAGCAGUGAUGUCAUCAAGGUUGAGGCUUGGUUGCUCCGAGACCUUGCAUAUAUUUUCGCUAGAGCGGCUAGAAGAGGUCAUAGACCCCGGGAAGACGAGAUGUUGGAACUUAUGAGGGCUGCUGACAUCCCCAUUCCGGAGUAUGUUCCACCACGUAGGUCAACAUCUUCUGCUGGUUCCUCGCGCAAUGCUCUUCCUGACCCUGCCCCUCCUUCUGAUGAUGGCAUGGGAAACAUGGAAGAUGAAGAUGCUGAAAGUGAAGAUGCUGAACAUGACGCCUUAGUUGAUCCUUGCCCGGAGGAUGAUCCUGCCCCAGUCCGCGAUGCUGCCUCCAAUGAGCACGCCGUGCUAUCUGGAGACUGCAGCAACGACGCUGAAGAUUUUCCUGGUGAACGCUGGCAGCACUACUUUGUGAAGGACCGAGCCCAUGGGUUCAAAUGCUUGAAAUGCUCACUGGUGGGACGAGACAUCAGCGACCUUCGUGACAAGGAUUGCAAGAUUCCCAGGCCAAGUGGUCCUUCCCCGUCCCCUACCUCAACAGCUCCUACCUCACCAGCUCCUACCUCAACCAGUGCCCUUCACCCCAAUGCACUUGGUGCCAGUGCUGCAGUAGUUGGGGAGAAGGCUGCUUUGGAUGGUGCUGCAACCAGGGUCCUCGAAGAGAUGCGUCAGCUAGAGCGUGUGGAAAGAGACCUUGCUCAUGAGUUGGAGUACCAGGCGUUGCUCGAGGAGGAAGAAUCUUUAGAACUUGCCAUGCUUGAAAGCGAAUUGGCACAGCUUGAGCUUUUGGAGAAGCAAAGCGCCUUCGAAACUUCUAGUCGUGGGCCACCUCCAGCUUCAGCACCCCUGCCAAGCAUGGUUGUGCCUGCUGAGGCCCCGCCGGCUGCAAGUGUUCCAAAGGCUGGCGAUGAAGUGGAUGACAGGAAGGGUGGGAAGAGGCCUUGGCCAAAGCCAGACCUCAUGCCACCACCAAAGAAGCCUUUGCUUUUGAAUCCGACAAAGGCUGAUGAGCUUCCUCCUUUGAGCCCAUCCAGCCAAGACCGGUAUCGCUCUUACUGGUCCCGGUUUGUGGCCACGCCGCAAAACCACCACGGUCGCAAAGCCACUGUGGAGCCAACCUUCGUUCCAGCAGCCCACCUGCCUGAACCACCUGUGGGCAUUGACAACAUGGACACGCUCCCCAUGGACAUCGACAAGGUGCAUGUGGACCCACUUCCUCCUGCUCCAGGCAGCCCUGGGGUGAGUGGUGAAGCAUGUGGGAAACCAGGUUCCAGUGAUCUUACAUGCAACGCAGUGCCUUCUGAAGAUUUCCCACCCCGUCCUGAAGUACUUGACUCGUUGGGGCCUCUUGGACCGAAGGAGCAGCGAGCUCUGCUGCCAAAGAGGAAGAGGGCCAAGAAAUCUUCUAAAGAAGAUCUUGGAGAGAAACCGGAUCCAAAGUCUGAUGAUGAGCCAAAGCCGGAGCCAAAGCGCCGGGGGAAGAAACGUCAAGCUGGAGGAUCUGAUGAGCCCAACCCGGAGCCGAAGCGCCGUGGGAAGAAAGUUCCAGCCGGAGGAUCUGAUGAGGUGAAGCCGGAGCCGAAGCGCCGUGGGAAGAAAGUUCCAGCCGGAGGAUCUGAUGAGGUGAAGCCGGAGCCGAAGCACCGUGGGAAGAAAGUUCCAGCCGGAGGAUCUGAUGAGCCCAAGCCGGAGCCGAAGCGCCGUGGGAAGAAAGUUCCAGCCGGAGGAUCUGAUGAGACGAAGCCGGAGCCGAAGCGCCGGGGGAAGAAAGUUCAAGCCGGAGGAUCUGAUGAGGAGCCAAAGCGGCCGGGAGGAUCUGACAUGCCCAAGCCAGAGUCAACAGCUGAUUCUUCUGACAAGCCAAAGCCAAAGCCCAGGCCAAAGGCCAGGGUCAGAAAGUUAGCUGCCCCAUCCAAUGGUGCUGCUGGAUCCACUGCUACUGAGUUGGCUGCUGGUGGCCUUGCCAUGGCCAGCGCUGUGGCCACAUGCGCAGCCGCUGAUGUUGCUGAGACUGGUGAUGGAGUUUCAGGUGGUGGACCUCCAGAUGCACCACCUCCGGAUGAUGCAUCUACUACGGCAACUGUGGGGGAUGAAGACAGGAAGAAGAAGGCUUCCCGAAAGUCAUCUGCAUAUCAUGUUGCCAAGAAGAAGGCCCUCAAAGAUGGAAAGAGCUUGGACGAAGCCAAGGAGAUUGCAAAGCUGGCGUACAAAAACACGUCCUGA